GUAUUACUCACAGACUGCUUAGGCAACACUCCACUCCAUGUAGCUGCUAUCUGUGGGAAUAUGGAAAUAUUAAAUUGUCUUGCAAAACAUGUUGAUGACCUGGACAUACAGAAUGGCAUGGGUGAGAGUCCGCUUCAAUGUGCCGCUCAUGAUGGGCAUAUAGCAUGUGUCCUGGCUCUACUCUCACCUCAACGUCAUCUACUACCAGCCAAUGCUGACCAU